AUGGCACCCGCUGAAGACGCCUCAGACUUUGGAUGCUGCGGUUUUUUCUCGACUAGGCGGUUCAAGAAGCUCCCCUCGCCAGCGCGCAUUGCCGAGGAUGAGAAAGGGAAGGCUCGGGAGGAGCAGGAUGGGGUGGUGCCCUCAACGGAAGAGUACAUUCUUCACACGACGAGAAUGACGAUUGAGGUCCUUCAGCAAGCUGCGGAUUUCCUGCCCUUCCCUGGUGCAAGGCAGGCUCUGGACCUCGGUCUUCUUCUUUUAACGACCUACGAAGACGUUAACUCACUGUAUGGUCAAGCAGGGGGUCUGAAUGACCGAAUUGCACAACUGAUGCUUCUGAUGGUUGAUGGUAUCGCCGGACAAGACGAACAAGACGUCUCACCUCGAGUCCGUCAAGACAUCGAAAACUUGGUGCAGGAUUUCCGGAUCAUUCAAGAAAACCUGGCAAGAAUAACGGCACAGAACAAGCUACUACUUGUCUUCUUUAAAGAGGCGAACAAAUCCAAGAUUGACGAGUGCGCGGGACGCCUCGACGAAGUACUGCAAACCUUUCAGCUAAUGAGGACCAUCGACGCUAGUAGCAUGCUCACCCAGAUCCAGGCCAAACUCAAGUCGCUUCACGAAGACGUCAAGCAGACUCGGCGAAUGGUCAAGGACAUACACACAUGGAUGAACCCCAAGAUAGCCCAUGGCGGUGACGGCAACCUCGGUCUCGAAGCGAUGCCAACGCUGCCCCGGCUUUUUGGGCGCGACAAGAUCAUCGCUGGCAUUGCAUCUGACCUAGCCUCCCAACGCCAACCUCGGAUUGCCGUCGUUGGCCCCGGAGGCAUGGGCAAGACAGCUGUCUCCAUUGCCGUCAUGCAAGACCCACAAGUCGAGGCAGUGUAUCGCGAACAAAAUCGCUUCUGGGUCCCUUGUGUAGGCGCUACGUCCCUUUUCACGUUCCUACAAAUCCUCCGCAAGGCCUUGCGUAUCACUCUCGACACCGGGUCCCUUCUCAAAGAUAUCAUCGACACCCUGAAGGCAACCCCGGAACCGCGACUUCUACUUCUUGACAAUUUGGAAACAGUAAUGCGUUUACCGGAAGAUGUUUCGGAAGGUGGAAGGUUCUCUGCCGAGAUUGUUCUUAACCAACUCUCCGCCCUGCCCCAUGUCGCCAUUUUAGUCACCAUUCGGUCAAACAACCUCCCAUCCGAUACAAUCUCCUGGAACCUAGUGCCUCUCGAAGGACUGGCCCGGGAAGACGCCAAGGCAAUCUACACCAGCAUCUGUCCUACAGCAUCCAAGCACCUCGCUGUACUGGAUCUCUUAGUGGAGGCUCUUGGCUACAUGCCAUACGCCGUUACUCUGCUCGCCAAACAAGCCGCCAAAUCAUUCAUGACGCCCGACAAACUUCUCGAAGCCUGGAGGAAGAACGGUGCCAAAUCCCUCACCGGGGAACUUCGAGACAAGAUCAACAAUUCAAUCGAGUUCUCAAUUAACAGUCGGACCGUUCAAGAUGACCCAGAUGCACAGAAAUUACUCUCGAUCAUCGGGAAGCUUCCGUCUGGAACCACCUUUGACCACUUGGAGGAUUGGUGGGGAAAAGACAUCGAGAACCUCCCUGGUGCAAUUGCGACGUUGAGCGAUACUGCGUUGAUCACCGUCCGAAACCAGGAUACUGACACCCCUACAUUUCAUGUCCUCCCAGUCGUCCAAUCAUACCUUCGUACACACGAAUCCUACAACUCUCUAAACUCUCGUCGCCUUGCGCUCAAAGCUUGCUGUCGAUUCGUCCUCGAUCACCGCUCAAGACCGGGAGACAGGAACUACAAGGCACAUCUGCAGGAAUUGGACAUUGAGAAGAACAACAUCCUCUCCAUUCUCCUUGGAACGACGAUCGAGACAGUGUCUUCAACCGGAGAAGAAAGCGAUUUACCCCUAGUACUCGAUGCCAUCAUCGCUUUCGGCUGGUAUCAACUAUGGACAAAGCGGAAUCCGGAGCUCCUGGCACACAUGCUGGCGAACAUAGCGAGCGAAGAAACUGCCACUGAACCAACCAUUCUUCGCCGUGUCGCCAAAGGACGCUACUGCCUUGGGCGGAUGAAGCUGUUGCUCGGCGCGUGCAGCGACGCUUCUUCCCACAUAGAGAAGGCUCGUUCAAUUUCUCAGCGUUUGGGCUCUCCGGUUGACCUCGUUGAAGCGGGAAAGGCAGCUCUACUCCUCGCUCACGUCUGGAGGCUGGAGGGUCGGGGCCAUGAGCAAGUACGGGAUAUCAUCCGUGCAGGGGAGCAGGAUGUAGGCGAGGAUGCGAGGGGAAAGGCCUUGGUCCUCCACCACCUGGGAACAUACCAUUUGUGGAUUAAGGAACAGGAGGUUGGGUUGGACUAUGCGAUCCGGGCGAAGGCGGCGUUCGACAAGUUGGAGAGGAAACCCGCUAUCGAAGUCUUCAACUGCCUCAUGCUCAUCUCGCGAUCUUAUGGUUCGCUACACUCCGAUCCCGAAUGGCUCGACGCUUGUACGGAAGCUCUCAGAUACGCCAAAUCGAUUGGUCUACCCACAUGGAUCGCUCGGGCUUUGCAAGACCUCGCCGGCUGCUACAUUUGGAAAGCGAGGUACGAUGAUGCCAUUGAGACAUUAAAGGAGGCUGUGGGGAUGUUCGAGAAAGUGGGGAAGCCUGAUUCGUUGGCGCAUGUUAUGAUGUUGAGUGGUUAUGUGUAUAUGAAGAUGGGUGAUUUGGUCGGUGCGAGGUGCGCGUAUGAAGUGGCGGGGAAGAGGUUGGAGGAAAUGGAGCAGACAAAGGCCACGAAGGCUCGGUUGGAGCAAUGUAAAAAUAAUGUAAAGGUACUCAGUAGAGAGGUGUUCGAUGAGGCGGAGUUCAAGGUGCCAUCGCUUUUACCGAAGCGUGGAUGA